AAAUGUGGUGGAAAGAGUUUACCAAAGAUAUCCACUAUGCAGAGUGAUGAUAUUGUGGAGUCGGAUGUGGAAUUGCCUAAAGUUCCAUUACCAUCCUCUAAAUGUAGUGGAGAGAACAUGCCAUUGGGGAGAAAAAUCAAGAGUUCCACUAUGCAGAGUGAUGAUCUGCCAGAUUUGUGUUCCUCGAAAGAAGAAUCUCCAUGUAUAAAAGAGGAUGAGCUCAUGGACAGAGAAGUUGAAAAGUUUUUUGAUUUAAUGGACAAGAAGAUCAAGAGGAAGACAAUGGCUGAUGAAUAUGAAAUACGAUUUCCAAAGGAAGGGAAACGUAUUACAAUAGUUUAUGAAGUUCAUGGUGGAAUGGCUUUAAGCAGGCCGUUUGACACUGAUGACACAAUGCUGGUAUGA